AUGUUUGUGCUUGGUGUGCUUGCGUUGCGGGCACAGGGGUCGCCUCCUUCUUCGUCAUCAGACUCGACUCCGGAUAGACCAAAGGACGACGCGGACGAGCCCGGCAGGCGCGACGGGCAUGCGUCCGCCGGGGGCGGCGAGAAACGGCGCGGGUCUGCUCGGCGUCCGCGCGGGAACCCGCUGGCAGCUGCAGUUGCAGCGCUGGAAGCGCGUUUUGCGGCCUCGUUUCCGGAUAUGAGGGACCGCUCAGCGGUGCGUCCGGCGCCGUUCGCGGAGCGGACGCUGCGGCGGGGCAUGUCGCAGCAGAACCUCGAAGCGCUGCUGCGUGAGCGGUACCUGCCGUUAACAGGACCCUCGCUGCGGCAGUUUUUGCGGGAUCUUUAUGGUUUUGAGUAUGAUAUUCAGCCUGUGCGACGGAAUGUUAUCGGCAAGUAUGCUUUGUACAUGCAGGUGAUGUGGGAGCACACGCUGCAGGCUUCGUUCCGUUUGACCCAGGAGCAGUAUGUGCAGCAUUUGCAGGCUAUCGCGGAUAUUCUGAACGCGUACGAUGGGGCGGCAAUGUAUUUUUUGCGAGAGCUAUAUCGCUCGCGCCGGACGCCUGUUGUAGGUAUGUCGGUGUCCGUGCGUCUGCCGAUGAUCGACCCGGCGCAUUUUGACGAUAUAUUCAAGCCCGGCGCCUAG